AUUUUUUGCGGCCGAGUCCGUUCGAACAAAAUAUUCGACUUUUUAGAGUAGCUUUCUUCUGGUCUAAAGAAAAUUUGAAAAAAUCGGCCAGCCUAUGUUCUUCCACAUUAAUAAAAAACCUAAUUCGACUGGUCCAGUGAGCUGAAAACAAUGAAGCGAAGAACGUAGACGUCAAAAAUUAUGGGGCGGGUGACCUGGAUGUCAAAAACUAUGGAGAGAACGUCCGGGACGUCGAAAACCAUAGAGAGGAGGUCCGGGACGGCGAAGACUACUCAGCGAACGACCUGCAACCAGGACGGCGAAAACUAUAGAGGGGACGACUUGGGUGUUGAAAACUAGGAGCGGAAGUGGAAAAGAGAAAAAUGUUAUAAUUAUUUCUGUCUUCGCUCAUUUCAUCGUCUUCACUCACAGGAUUUUUUUCACCCUUGGACGCAUGAAGUACGUUGCUUUUUUCAAACGUAAAAGGUUGAAACAUUUGAAAGGUGCAGCUCUUACGGAGUGGCUCGUUUCACGUCAAAGUCAUGUUUUUGUUUUCUCGUCGUAUGCGCCAGACAUUGCAGCUUUUACUGAUUUUUUAUCGGAUUGAAAAACAUAUUGUUCGCGAUGGGAGAGAUUACGCGUUGUUGUAAAUUAUUCUGCUUCGAUACGGUGCACCUCCAACGGUGACGUCUGCAGGUUUCUGUUAUAUUCCGGUCGCGAUAGAGACUUAUAAACUUACCGCCGAACAUCAUUCAUCGAAAGAGAAACGAGAAAUAAUAACAUCUGGAAAGAAGAAAUUCUUAGACUAGGUUUUGGCAAUUGGAGAUAGUCGAGAACACGAUCGCUGCCAAGUGGUGCAAAUAUGAGCGCGGCAAAACGACCACGCGUCGCGUCAUCCACGAGUUACAACCGUCAACCGAAUCUAAGGAGAACUCAAACGUUGGACACGCUGCCUCCGGAAGUCCUCGAAAUGGUGCUACGAUUGCUGCCACUUUGCGAGGUCGCCCAAUCGGUCAGGUUGGUCUCUCAAAGGUGCUUAAUUGUCUCCACAUCCGUUUUAAACGCGGCCUUUUUAACCACUGGUGUCCGCCUAGAAGAAACGAUGAGUUACGUCGAGGCCAACAUGCCUCGUGUUACGACAGAGUCAGAACUACUAGCCUGUAGCAGGGCCUUCAACGCCCUUGAAUUAGUUCGAGCCCAAUAUCGAAUGCUACGUGCGGUAACGUGGCGCUACACGCAUCCCCCACGACGUGAAAACCCCCCGAAACUUUGUUUCUACGCAGGAACUCUUCUAGAUGAGUUGGAUCGUCUGCUGAGAGUCGCCAGAGCUCGACCAUUAGCUCUCGGAGGAAUGGGUCAAAAUUCAGAAUUCGGAGUCGGUCGCUUCGUCUCACUCUGCAAACGUUUUAUGAACUAUUUCGAAAAAGUCUCUGAGCGGCGCGUCAACAAAUCGGCCUUGGUCUCGGGCUGUAAGGCCGUCGAUGUCUUGGACUGUCUAGCCGAAGGACGCCAUGUUCUAGCAUUUCGUAUUUCUUCGGAACGUGGAGGUUACGGUGGUAGUGCCGUUUGUAUGCGUUUGAGGUACGUCAUGCGUCGUGCGUGGUUCACUUGUUUAGAGGUUCCGACCGCUCCCGACGAGAAUAGUUGGCGUGACGAGCAACGUUUUAUGUAUCUUCGACUCCGUCGGUUGGUGGGAAGUGUCAACGAUCAUCUUUUUGAAAAAUCGCACUACGACAGGGAAAGACUUCUGCGUUCACCUGCACUUCCUUCUCCGAGGGCACCACCUGCAUCGACUUAUUCCGGAUAUGGCGAAUACGGUGGCCAGUUUUUUUACUACGGUAAUAUGAACAAAUACGCGUUCGAAAGCAAAUUCAAAACUUCAGCUACCGGUGACUGGGAGGAUCCUGAAAAUCCUGAGGACCCUGAAAAUCUCGAUGACGCAGACGAUCUAGACGACGAACGAGGAGGAGGCAGCCCUUGCUUCGAUCUUGUCGUUGGAGUUGAACUGCGAUGUUCACCGGAACUCGCACCCUUAGCAGUAAGAGCGGCCCUCAGACUAGAUGACCUUGAAAAUUCAACCGCCGCAAACUCAAAGCAGGAACUUUACCUGAGACUUAACGUUGUCUGUCCAGCCUCCGUAACAAACAGAUUACCAGGAAAUUUCACGUGGGAGUUGAAAGCGCCUCGUCGAGGCCGAAUGCGUUCUAGUUAGCAUAUUUGGUUGGAGGCGCUGGAGUUUUAUGAGUAUUGUUGACUAUUUUGUUUUCGCACUUUUUUUAUCGGUCAUCUUCUUGUCCGCGUCUAUAUGUAUAUCGAUUUUAAUAUUACUGUUGUUGAAAAUUUACAAGACUGUUUAUUGACAAAAAGAGAUACGAUAAGAAUGAUAAUAAAAAGGUUAUGUGGAUGUUUUAAGAUUAUCCCUCAACAGAUUUGAUAAAUAAGUACUCAUUUUUCCAUACCUGUAACGGUAAAAAACAAACAACAACACCAAUCGACAUAAUAAUAUUUAUCGUCUGCUUGAAGUGUCUGUAUAUUUCGGAUACAGAUUUUGUAGAUAUCAUAUACCAUGGGGCAGUUCAGUGAAAACGACCAUUUUUGAACCUGACCCCUUUCGAUUUACAAUUAGCUGUAACUUCAUUUUUUCCCACCCCACUAAAGACUUUUUGGAGAAUUGUUUCAAUUUUUCCCCCCAACUCAAAAAAGUUGAAAAAAUGCCUUUUAUUCAAAUAGCCACAACUUUUUGAAAAAUUGACUAAUCAGGGUCGACGUUUUUUUCAAAAUUUUGGUUUCUGAACGUACUUUUUUAA